AUGGUAGAAGCAGAAGGAAACCCCACGACGUGGAAAUUCACCCAGUGCUUUGGCGACAAAGGCGAUGUUGAGGAUAUAACCGAAGCUGACAUCAUCUCCACCGUCGAGUUCGACCAGACGGGUAACUACCUUGCAACCGGUGACAAGGGUGGUCGUGUGGUCUUGUUUGAAAGGAACGAGACGAAAAAAACCUGCGAAUACAAAUUCCACACCGAGUUCCAAUCGCACGAGCCCGAGUUCGACUACCUAAAAUCUCUCGAGAUCGAGGAAAAGAUCAACAAGAUCAAAUGGUGCCGCCGACAAAACGCCUCACACUACCUGCUUUCCACAAACGACAAGACCAUCAAAUUAUGGAAGGUAUUUGAGAAGUCGCUCAAGGUAGUGGCAGAGAACAAUCUGUCACACGAGUUAACGCCUGGAGGUGGGGUUGCUGGUGGCGGCGGUCCCGUCAGGAACCCAAAUGCACAGUUCCGCAGUGCCACGGACCUGAAGCUCCCCCGACUUACACAUCACGAUACCGUAGUCGCAGCAGUACCCCGGAAGACGUAUGCCAAUGCGCAUGCAUACCACAUCAACAGCAUAUCUGUGAACAGUGACGGAGAGACGUUCAUUAGUAGCGACGAUCUGCGGAUCAACCUCUGGAACCUCAACAUCCAGGACCAGAGCUUCAACAUUGUCGACAUCAAGCCAGCGAACAUGGAGGAGCUUACAGAGGUCAUCACAGCUGCCGAGUUCCACCCUAUCAGCUGCAACUGGUUCAUGUAUGCGAGCUCCAAGGGAACGAUCAAGCUCGCCGACAUGCGUGAGAGUGCUCUGUGUGACCAGCAUGCGAAGCAGUUUGAACAAGAAGAAGACCCUUCAUCAAGGUCAUUCUUCUCCGAAAUCAUUUCAUCCAUCUCUGACGUACGGUUCUCACAUGAUGGACGGUACAUCCUGUCUCGCGACUACCUGACCGUCAAGAUCUGGGAUGUGAACAUGGAGAAGACACCAGUCAAGACGAUCCCCAUUCACGAACAUCUGCGACCGAGGCUAUGCGACACAUACGAAAACGACAGUAUUUUUGACAAGUUCGAGGUUGUUUUCUCUGGAGACGCAAAGAAUGUCAUGACUGGCAGCUACAACAACAACUUCAUGAUAUAUCCUUCAGAUAACGACAAGGAUACUGAGGUUGUGCUACAAGCUGACAAAUCUGCGUUCAAAGCAAAGAAGGUUGGAAUCCCAACACCGAUGAACUCGUCAGGCAGCCCGACUGGCAGCAACGCCGGUAAGAAGGGUGGAUCAAGAGCUGGUAGCCCUGCUGCCGGCGCUAUUGGGCAAGGUCAACGUAUGAGGAAGGAAACCGACGCGGACCAGAUUGACUUCAACAAGAAGAUUUUGCACAUGAGCUGGCAUCCGUUCGAGGACAGUAUUGCUAUAGCAGCAACAAACAAUCUUUUCGUCUUCUCGGCAUUGUAA